AUGGAGGGAAUCGUAGCCGAGUGCACCGACAAAGAAGAAACAGAGGAGGAAACAGAGGAGGCAAUAGAAGAGGCAGAAGUAAAUAAGGACGACCUCAGUGGUGUGGUGUGUCAGAAAGCCUGGGAGCCAAACUUCUACUGCAACCUGAACAAGGAGAUUCAUUACUACGCUGGACAUGAAAUCAGGAUCUAUGAGUCUCUUGAUUCUUACGGCGCCAUCAUCUGGCCUGCGGGAGUUGCACUAUGUCAAUAUCUGGAUUCUAAUCGAACAACAAUGAAUCUGCAAGACAAAGCUGUUUUAGAGCUUGGAUCGGGAACUGGCUUGGUAUCCAUUGUAGCCAGCCUGUUAGGUGCUUGGGUCACAGCUAGUGACCUUCCUGAAGUUUUGGGAAACCUGCGAAGUAACUUGUACAGAAACACAAGGGGAUACUGCAAAUACACACCACAAGUGGCAGUGGUGUCGUGGGGUCACGACCUGGAGCAAACUUUUCCCCGCUCUGUUUACCGAUACGAUUACGUUUUGGCCUCAGACGUGGUCUACCAUCAUGACUUCUUAGCCAAGCUGUUAGUGACCAUGCGCCAUUUCUGCCAACCAGGCACGACCCUGAUCUGGGCCAAUAAGAUCCGCUUUGAGUCUGAUCUGGCGUUUACGGAGAACUUUAAGAAGACCUUUAACACCACGUUACUUGCAGAUAUGGGUGAGAUUAAAAUUUACUCUGCCACCAUGAAAGAUGAGGUUGAGGUAGAAAAUGAUAUUCCAGUGAUGCUGGUAGAAGAUGCAGCAAAGCAGGAGAAGGAGACAGAAGAGUGCAACUUUGGAGAAAUUAACAAGAAGCAGGAUCAGUGUGUGGAUGAGGACGAAGGGGAGGAAUUGAACAUUGAGUCAGAGACAAUGAAUGUCAAUGGAAGAGAAGAAGAAUCUGAAGAUAAUUGCGAUGAUAAAUAUAAAGAAGAAUCACAUGACUCAGAGAGGCAUGAACAGUUGGUCUUCCAGAGAUGCUAUUCACCCAGUACGGAGGAUAAAACAGUAAAAGAGGUUUACAACUUUGUUGGUCACAAAAUCUGCAUUGAAAGUUCCGAUGGUGAAAUCACAUGUCCUGCAGCAGUGGCUUUAUGCAAAUUCCUCGAAACACCAGCAGGUCAAGAGAAGAUUGUUCUGCUUGACCAAACUGUAUUAGAGCUGCAUGCAGGCACUGGAUUGCUGUCAAUAGUAGCUACAUUAUUGGGUGCCAGAGUAACAGCUACGGAUCAACUAGAAAGCUUGGAGAAUCUAGAAAGUAACUUGAAUGAAAAUACAAGAGGUUAUCAGAGGCACAAACCUCAAGUGACAAGGCUAACACAUGACCUCAAGCAAAACUUCCCUCAUUCCAAGUGUCAUUAUGAUUACGUGCUGGCAGCUGAGAUGCUCUACAACCUCGACUGCUUCACUGAGCUAUUGGUUACCAUGAGACAUUUCUGCCAACCAGGCACAAACCUGAUCUGGGCCAUUAAAGUGUGUUACCCAUCUGACUUGAUCUUCAUUGACGACUUCAAUAAAGCUUUCCAUGCCACCAUGCUCGCAGAGUUGGAUAGGGUGAGGAUUUACUUGGCAAUUCACAGAGCUCCAGACAACAAAGAUGACCUGAUGAAAACAACGAGCAUGGAGGAAGAGAUGGAAAAGUGUCUCUCAGCAUGGAACCAUACAGAGGAUGAGAAUCCAACCAGGGAAACGACACAAAACAGUAAAGAUUGCAUUAAAGAGGAUAAGGGAAAAUGUGAGGAAGCUGUUCUACAUCAUCAGGAAGUGGAGGAUGAGCAAGAACUGACUGGAGGAACUGACAGUGAAGGGGAAGAGUCCCAGGUUCACAGUGAAUUGGAGUCAUUUUCAACAGAUGAAUCAGAUGAACAGUUAUCAUGUCAGAGGAUUUGGGAAUCCAAGUUUUCCUACUUCCCCGGCAAAGAGAUUCACUACUUCAUGGGUCACAGAAUCAUCAUAGAGGAGUCAUUUGAUUCUUACGGUGCCAUGAUUUGGCCUGCGGCAGUAGCUCUUUGUAAAUUCCUGGAAACAGAAGAAGGGAGGCAGACAAUUAACCUUUUUGACAAAACAGUUCUGGAGAUCGGAGCAGGGACUGGGCUACUCUCAAUUGUCAUAACCUUGCUUGGUGCCAAAUUAACAGCCACAGAUCUGCCAGAAAUCUUGAGUAAUUUGAGAUACAACCUCAAUCGGAAUACCAGGUGGCUGCGCAGACAUGAACCUCAGGUGAAGGAACUGUCCUGGGGUUUCGAGUUAGAAAAAACCUUCCCUCGCUCCUUACACCACUACGACUACAUACUGGCAGCUGAUGUAGUUUACCAUCAUAACUUCCUAGAUGAGCUUCUAGCCACCAUGCAUCAUUUCUGCCGACCAGGCACGACUCUCAUCUGGGCCAAUAAGAUACGAUAUCCAUCUGACCUGACCUUUUUAGAAAACUUUGAGAAGAUUUUCCAUGCCACACUACUAGCAGAGCUGGAGGAAAUACGGAUUUAUAGCGCCACAUAUAAAUCUUCAUAAAGAAGAAUGGACAAGAAUGAGAUGUUGAUGAAUAAGAUGCUGAAGAACUGAACUGUGGGAUUUUUUUCAUAUUUACGAAUUGGGAAGUCGUAAUUACGACGUCAGGUGCGUUCAAGUCACUUUGGGUGGAGCAACAUGGAGGUGUAUAUUAUCUUAAGAAACUAAAAAAAGGUGUUUUACUAACAGCAAGGUUUUUUUGUGUUUUUUUUUACCUCGAUUUCUUGAGGAAACGAGCAAGGUGUGUUUUGCAUUUUUAUGUUUUUAUUCAAUUUAUGAAACAGUUGUAAAUUUUAUCGUUAUAAUAUGGUUAUAUAUAUUCCUUUUUUCUCCUGUUCUUAAAUGUUAACAAAUUUGCUUGUAUUUUAAUAAUUUGCC